AUGGCUGGAGAGCUGAGCAUCGGCCCAGAGCUGCCCACCAGCCCGCUGGCCAUGGAGUACGUGAACGACUUCGACCUCAUGAAGUUUGAUGUGAAAAAGGAGCCCCUAAGCCGGGCAGAGCGCCCUGGACGUCACUGCACUCGUCUGCAGCCUGCGGGGUCGGUAUCGUCCACCCCCAUCAGCACUCCUUGCAGCUCUGUGCCCUCGUCGCCCAGCUUCAGCCCCACUGAGCAGAAGACGCACCUGGAAGACCUGUACUGGAUGGCCAACAGCUACCAGCAGAUGAACCCGGAGGCUCUCAACCUGACCCCCGAGGAUGCGGUGGAGGCUCUGAUUGGUUCCCACCAGGUCCCCCAGCAGCUGCAGGGCUUCGAGAACUUCCGGGCCCACCACCACCACCAUCACCAACAUCAGCACCAUCACCAUCAAUACCCUGGAGUCAGCCACGAAGACCUGACUAACGGAGGACAUCCUCACCAUCAUCAUCAUCAUCACCAAGCGUCCCCCACCCCUUCGACUUCCUCCACUUCAUCCCAGCAGCUGCCCAAUAACCACCCGGCGGCGCACCCAGCCUCUAGCAGCGUGGAAGACCGCUUCUCGGACGACCAGCUGGUGUCCAUGUCGGUAAGGGAGCUGAACCGGCACCUGCGAGGCUUCACCAAGGACGAGGUGAUCCGCCUCAAGCAGAAGAGGAGGACCUUGAAGAACCGGGGCUACGCCCAGUCCUGCAGGUAUAAACGAGUCCAGCAGAAACACCACCUGGAAAACGAGAAGACCCAACUCAUCCAGCAGGUGGAACAGCUCAAGCAGGAGGUGUCCCGGCUGGCCCGCGAGAGAGAUGCUUACAAGCUGAAAUGCGAGAAACUUGCCAGCAAUGGCUUCAGGGAGGCCGGCUCCACCAGCGACAACCCCUCCUCUCCAGAGUUCUUCAUGUGAGUGCGAACCCCCUGCCCCCAUUCCCCUCCCACCCCUUUCCCAUCUCUGACAUCUCCAUCCAUCCUCCUGCUGGAAAUAAGAGAAAUAGGAAAGGGGGGGUGAAGAUGAGAAAGUUGAGUAAAAAGGAACCUUUGGGCAGAGCAGCGUGCUCUUUCCAAUCUUCCUAGACUGGCUAUGGAAAAGUAGGGAGGGGAGGCACCAAACUCAACUUUUCCGAAGGUAGGAAGGAGCCUCACAGCCUUAGGGAGAGAGGCUCAGGACGAGGUGGGUGAGGAGAGCGGUUUUUAUGUCUCUUGCUUCCUGAACUCUGUGGACUGAGAGAAGGGACAUUGACCAAGCCGUCCCUAAGAGCCCGCCCGCUGGCGAGGAAAGAAAGGAAGGAAGGACCUUGCGAAUGAGCAGCCAGCGCCUCGCGCAGGACUUAACCUGCUGCUCAGGAUGGAAAAUGCAAGAGGAGGGGAGAGAGACAGUGUGUGUAAAGUGUUCAUAUAAUGCCUCCUUUGAGACCUAGUGACCGAGGACUCAAAUGGGACGGUCAAUGCGAAAUAUCAUAAGUUUUGCCUGCUUGAUUAUAUAGAAAAAAAACACGAAAAUCUGCAUCAAAAAUAUUAAUCCUGCAUGCUGGACAUGUAUGGUAAUAACUUCUAUUUUGUACCAUUUUCCUGUUUAACGUUAGCAUGUUGUUGAUCACGGAUCAUCGCUUUUGGUUUGUUUCUCUGGGUAAGAAGGUGUCGCAGUUCUAACCCUUGGACUGCUGGGCGGGCAGUGAUCUUUUCUGUUCUGGUUGUUAGCUUGUAAAUAUCUGCCCCCAGGAAACCGCACAGAGGCGGCUCAGCAGGCUGGCAGGCUGUGUCUGGGUUUGGUGUGUCUUUUUUUUUUUUUUUUUUUUAAAGUAAAGAAAUAAAGUUACGGGCAUUUGCAUCUGCA